UAAAUCAAGAGUUUGAGCCACGCAAACUGCCGAGCCCGAUGGACGGCAAUUACCAUCCUCACACUGUGACUGAAAAGGAGCAUAGAGACCUCAUGACCUGCUUUAGGGGGUUGACGGACAGGGAGUGGGAAAAAAUGCUUGGUAUCAUUGUGCAGUUGGAUUUAGGACCAGAGUUGUUAGAGGACUCUACAUGGGAUAAAAUUGUUUUAAAGGCUCAGAUCAUUACGUCUCGAAAGCCCAAGCAGUUGAGAACCACGUUUCUAAACGAUAUCGUCCCAAAUCUGGCCAGCAGAUUUAAUUUUCACGAGGAAUCUGUGCGGUAUCUGAAGCGAUUCGGGCGUCCCACCUUCCGGAUAGUAAACCCCUUCAUUGGCAUCAAAUUGCUCAGAUCAAUUUAUAAACUCUUGUCCCUUGCCCAAGUAAACAAACUGUUUCAGAAACAAUUUGGCAUAGUCCUGCUCAAGACGGAUAACUUGACCAACUGGGAAGACUGGGAGCGCGAGUUUUUUUACUCUAUACACCGGCCCGAGUUUACGGAAAUGAUGGACCAAGAACACGUAUCUCACGCACUAACAAUUAUGGACGCAUUAAAUUAUAACCUGGCGGCCUUCAGGUUUUUGUUUUCUGAAACCAAAACCAAUGAUUUGCAACGAGCCGCACUUGCAUCAAGUUGUGUCGAGUACUUGAAACUCUUGUCAAAAAAGAGUGAGCAGUUGGUAAGAGUAAUUUAAGAAUGCCUUGCUAAUCUUCUAUCUUCUAUAUUAUAAGCUGGAAAUGUUUGUCUGCAACGGAAGUGAAAGUAAUU